AAAAAGCAAUACCCCAAUUCUUUGGAUGGCAUAUGCUUCAUAUGAGCCUGCUAUAGGGAACACACUGACAUUGGGUAGCCUAGAUGUAUACGCUGGUGCCGACGUGGAAAACUAGCCUACACAAUGCAAACACCAAACUAUUUGUCAGCCUCUCACUGGUCUGCAAGUAGACUGUAAUAUAUUGAUCCUGAUCGUGAUGACUUUUGAUAAAGAUUUCAGAUUCGUCAUCUGGCUCGUGCCAUAGCUCCGCCGGCCACAGCGUACGUUCGAGGGAGGUCUGCUGUCCAGAUGUUGGAAUGUUUUUUUUUUUUUAUCUUUAUGCUCUCUUUUCUCCUCAGUGUCAUUCCUCAGACUUCUUAGUCACUGAGAAAAUGGCAAUUUUAACAGCCGUCAAUUCAUGAUAUCCCCUUUUUAGGUGCAAGUUUUAUCCCAACUCUAAAUGCUAAAUAAAGUUAAAUUAAAUCAAACCUAAAGUAACUUUGGGGGCUUGAUUUGUUUUGCUCUUGCACGUCCUAAACACAGGACAAAUUCAACCUCGUGGUAGUUUUUUGUGGGGUUGUCUGAGUAUUGAUGUUACAGAAAAAAAGUCAUGAGUACAAUGUACAUGUGAACUGACAUGUUUGUCAAAAACAAAAUUAUGAAAAAAAUCUAGUUUUCGCAGUGUAAACUGGGACAAGACAGGAGAGACAUUUGGUCAUUCGUUUGCAUCCGUAAAGACAUUGGUUUUAGCUAGAGAAAGAGGGAGGAGACGCGGUUAAGGGAGUAAUGCAACCACUCCGGGUAAAAAGGGCAGAUUAGAUGUUUCAUAUUCCGCUGUUACUGUACUGUGCCGAGACACCAACUGCGCGCAAGGCAUUGGAACGAUAUCCUGUGUGCACACCCACAACCAUGCACACAUUUUUUCCUGGAGGGAUAAAUUCACUUGAUACAUUGUAGCCAAUGUGGAAGAGCUAAGACGGAAUCACGGUUUCUCAAAAGAGCAAAUUCAUUUAUCCACAGAAGAGCAGUGGAUUGUUUUUUUGUACAACUGAUUGACGACCGACUUCCUGAGUAAUAUGUUUAACUUGCAUGGUGGAUCCUGUUCUUUCCCUCCUCUCUCUUCUCUAUCCCUCUGUCCAUUUUUUGUUUUCUUUAUUCAUUGUGCCCUGUGAGGAGAAUUAACCUAUCCCUCCUUUCAAUCCUAUUCAAACGCGGCAGGGAAAAAACAGAGGGAGAUGAGAGCAGCAAAUCCCUUUUUUAUUCCACUUGUUGCGCUCAAUAAGUGAAGAAUGUGUCGCCUAUCAGUCACCGAGGGGAUCAAGUCUACAGGACGAUCCCACGCGAUCAAUGCCUUGUGCAGAGCAUCAGUGAGAUAGAGAGAGUGAGGCAGACAGGAGGAGCGGCAGCAGCAGCAGCAACAGCAGCAGCAUCCCAUCCCUCCUGGGACCCUUUGGUUACAGCCGAAGAUUCUCUGACUGACACGCUUUGAACCAUUUGAACCACUUUUUCUGCAUAUGCGGUCAAAUUCCUUCGUUUGAUCAAUUUAGUUGGAAUGUGGAGUGGUAAGUUGUUACCUUAACCAUUACCUGAUAUAAAGUGACAAGCGGCUGUUGGAGAAUAUUAUAACACAUUUCCGUUUUAAGAGGCCAGUGGCUGCUCAGAACAUAAAUUCCGUCAAUCGGUGAAUUGAAAACAAUAAUUAACGCAGGCCUAAUAGUCUAUUCCAAUAUGUUUCUGAUACGUGUGACAGUCAACAGGAACACAUUUAGCCUACUUACAUUUUACGUGUUUAUGGUAAUUAAAGCUAUAAACGUUGUUUUGCAUAUAGGCCGCCACAUAAUUAGCUCAUCAAUUCACCACGACAGUUUACAUGUUUUGGUUUUUUUUUUUUUUCAGAACUUGUCUUGAUGAAGAUAAUUUAUGUUUUGUAUUUUGCUCUCUUCUUUGAGAUAUCAUGCGGACACUCGCACUGCUCCUCGGGGUGAAAGCCGCCUGCAUCCUGCUGGUCUCCUCGCUCUCUGGCACGGGAGCGGUUAACAAUAGUGGCCGAUGGUGGGGUAUUGUGAAUGUUGCCUCCUCAGCCAACGUCCUCACCAAUUCCAAGAAUGUGCAGUUGGUCCUGGACCCCAGCCUGGCCCUGCUCAGCCGUCGCCAGCGCAGGCUGAUUCGGCAGAACCCUGGCAUCCUCCAUGCCAUCGUAGCUGGCCUGCACACGGCCAUAAAGGAAUGCAAGUGGCAGUUUCGCAACCGCCGCUGGAACUGCCCCACCACCCACAGUCCCACCGUCUUCGGCAAAAUAGUCAAUCGAGGUUGCCGAGAGACGGCGUUUGUGUUUGCCAUCACGAGCGCGGGCGUCACUCAUGCGGUGGCUCGCUCCUGCUCCGAGGGAGCCAUCGAGUCCUGCACCUGCGACUACCGGCGCCGUGGCCCCGGAGGCCCCGACUGGCACUGGGGCGGCUGCAGCGACAACGUGGACUUUGGCAGGGUGUUUGGCCGGGAGUUCGUGGACUCCAGCGAGAGGGGCCGGGACCUGCGGUACCUCACUAAUCUGCACAACAACGAGGCCGGGAGACUGACGGUGUCGUUAGAGAUGGGGCAGGAGUGCAAGUGCCACGGGAUGUCUGGGUCCUGCACCAUCCGCACUUGCUGGAUGCGGCUGCCCAGCUUCCGGACGGUCGGCGACUUCCUGAAGGACCGCUUCGACGGCGCCUCCCGCGUGGUCUACGCCAACAAGGGCAGCAACCGGGCCUCACACCGGGCCGAGCCGCGCCACCUGGAGCCGGAGAACCCGGCGCACAAGCCGCCCUCGGCCCGGGACCUGGUCUACUUCGAGAAGUCGCCCAAUUUCUGCUCGCACAACGGCAAGACGGGCACGCACGGCACCGCGGGGCGCACGUGCAACAGCUCGUCCCCGGGGCUGGACGGCUGCGAGCUGCUCUGCUGCGGCCGCGGCUACAAGACCCUGACAGAGAAGGUGACGGAGAGGUGUCACUGCACCUUCCACUGGUGCUGCCACGUCAGCUGUCUCAACUGCACGAGCACCCAAACACUGCACCAGUGUCUCUGAUCGGGGCAGAGGGGCUGCUGGAGCUGAGAGGAGAAGAACAAUAGCGGUUGUGCUGUGAUGUGUCCAACAACCUGGAACAGGCCUUCGGGUGUAUAUUUGAAAGGUUAUGUUGAGGUGAAGUCAGUGGUUUGGAGGUGGAAAUGGGACGACUGUCAAGGUAGAGCAAAGAAACAACAACUAUUCAGCGGGGUUGUGGGUAAUCAGACGUGAAAGCAUUCGCAAAAGUGUUUGCUUACAGAAAAACAGGAAGAGGUUUGGAAUUUACACAUAUUUUUUUUUUUGUGUGGAGCAGAGCUGUUGUGUUUACCCCCAUCUUGUUGGGUUAUUCUCAGUUUACAUAGCCAUUAUCGCCAGGGAAUUGUAUGCGGUUAUAAUCAAGAAGAGAUGUACAAAAUUGUCUCUGACAACAAACUCUCCUUACAGUUUUGAACAUAUUCAUGUCAUUAAGUCAAAAAUGCAUUUCCAAGAGAGGCUGAUUGAUAUGAACAUUUCCUAGAGUACUGUGUUGCUUUCUCCGUCCACUGGAAAUGAUUAUAUCUAGAAGAUCCUUACUUCAAGUUCCCAACAGCUCUUAUCAAGCCAAAAAAAGGGGUGAGAACCACUAUGUAUAAAGGUGCUCCUAGACGAGGGUAGGGAGAAACAGGGUAUUAUGAUGGGUAGGGCAGAGUUGGUCUACACUAAGACCAGUCUGAGGGGAAACUUUCUCCUCGUCUUGUUUGCCUUCAUACCAGCAGUCUUUUUUACACCCCCUCUCCCAAGUGUCUGAUAGUUUGGACAGACCAAAAAAAAAAAAAAACCGAAGGGG